AUGCGUCCAACAGCAUACCUCUGGUCGCCAGCGCUCCAAGCAGCAGCCGACGACCUCCCAGCGAACCUCGGCCGCUCGCGCGCAGUCCACUCGCUGAUCCGCGCCCUGCGCCUAACGCGCACACCCGACGAGCCAGCGAACGACGCAGCGGCGCUCGUCGUCCCGCCCGACCUCGCGCUGGGGACGGGUGCCGAGCUCGCGCGCUACCAUGCGCCGGGGUAUGUCGAGUAUCUCCUGCAGGCGCGCGGCGAGUCGUCGGACGAGGAGGAGAGCGACAGUGACGACGAAGGGCCGCGGAAGAAGCGGCGGACGGUCAUGGGGCUCGAGCAUGACUGCCCCCCGUUCGCCAGCCUGCCAGCCUACGCGACCCUCGUCGCGGCCGCAACGCUCACCGCGUGCCGUCUCCUCGCUACGGGGGACGCGCGCACAGCCAUCGUGUGGGACGGCGGGCGGCACCACGCGCUCAAGAGCAGGGCGAGCGGCUUCUGUUAUGUCGCGGACGCGGUGUUGGGGAUCUUGGCGUUGACGCGGGCGGGGGUGCCGGCCGUGCCGGUGCCGGCGGGCGGCGACGAGGCGGGUGAGGCUGGCGGGGAAGAUGGGCAAGUUGCAGAGGACGACGCCGACGACGGCGACCGCCCGCCCACGCCGCCACCACCACCAAAGCCCAGCCCCCGCGCCCGCAUCCUCUACCUCGACCUAGACCUGCACUACGGCGACGGCGUCGCACAGGCCUUCGCCUCGCCAACGCACUACGCUUACCCGCUGAAGGGGCGCCCGCGCCCCCCGCAGGUGCUCACGCUGAGCGUGCACCACGCCGCGCGGGGGUUCUUCCCGCCACACGCGCCGGGCACAACGCCGCAGGACACGCCGCACCCCUUCUCGCUCUCUCUCGGGCUGGGAGCGUACGCCAGCUGCGCGACGUACGCGCGGCUCUGGGGCGCGGUGGAGCGGAUCAAGGCUGCCUUCCGGCCGCACUACGUCGUCCUCCAGCUCGGCGUGGACGGGCUCCCGCGCGACCCGGUGGGAGGGUACGGCGCGUGGGGCGUCUCGGGAGAGGGGAGUUCUACCUGGGUGGUAGAGAGGGUCAAGGAGUGGGACCUGCCGACGUGCGUGCUCGGCGGCGGGGGGUACGAUACCCCCAACGCGGCGCGCUCGUGGGCGCUCGCGACUGCCGUGCUUGUUGGGCGUGCGGACGUGCGCGAGGAGACGGACGUGCCGGACCAUGAAGGGUUCGAGGCCUACGCGCCGGGAUACACGCUCGAGGUGGAGCCUAGCCAUAUCCCCGACGAGAACACCGAGCAACAGCUCGACGCCGCGGACGAGGCGUUCGCUGUGCUUGCGACCCGCAUUGCGCAGAUUGUAGACCUGCAUGAUAAGCCGUAG